AUGCCUAAACUUGAAAAUUACAUCACAGGCAAAUGGGUCACCGGUGACGGUGAAGGUCAACCGCUGCUGGAUGCCGUUAAUGGAACCACUAUUGCCCAUGCCACAACAAAAGGACUUGACUUCGAAUCUGUACUGGAUUAUGCCAGGAAAAAAGGAAAU